CCGCCGCAUCCAUCCCCGGCUCAACUUCCUCCUGCGGCGGCGGGCGGCUGGCCCGGCUGGAGGAAGCGGCGGCGCGGCCACCAUGAGCUCGGGCGACGCCGUGUGCACCGGCUGGCUCGUCAAGUCGCCCCCCGAGAGGAAGCUGCAGCGCUACGCCUGGCGCAAGCGCUGGUUUGUCCUCCGCCGAGGCCGCAUGAGUGGCAACCCUGAUGUUUUGGAGUACUACCGGAACAAGCACUCCAGCAAGCCCAUUCGCGCGAUAGACCUCAGCGAGUGUGCUGUGUGGAAGCAUGCGGGCCCUGGCUUCGUUCGGAAGGAGUUCCAGAACAAUUUCGUGUUUAUUGUCAAGACCACGUCCCGCACCUUCUACCUGGUGGCCAAGACGGAGGAGGAAAUGCAGGUGUGGGUGCACAGCAUCAGUCAGGUGUGCAACCUGGGCCACCUGGAGGCUGCUGCAGAUUCCCUGGAGAGCUCCACUCAUACACCCUCCUCCCUUCAGCCGCUCCCGGCUAGCUCCUUUCGCACCACCAGCUCCUCUGUGCCAAGAGAUGAUACAAACACCAAUACCAUAGCCACUGAAGAAACCAGGAGUGAGUCAGAGUUUCUCUUCCUUCCUGACUAUCUGGUUCUGUCCAACUGCAAGAGUGGAAGACUGCAGCAUGCCAGUCUUCCCACCAGAUGUGACAGCUGGUCAAACUCAGACCGCUUAUUGGAACAGACUUCGUUUGAUGAUGCUUUUGUGGAUGGCCUGCAGCCACUACCCUCCAGUAACUUGGUCUGCCCCUCACGCCAUGGGAAUGGAUCUCACGAGGUGCCUUCCAUAAGACCCCAGGCUGCUCGGAUCUGGAAUCGAGAAAUCAAUGGACCAUCCAGAGACCACUUGUCUUCUUCAUCAUUGCUGGAAACGUCCUUGAAUUCCACCAUUCAGGCAGAUAAAACCCAAGUGUCCUUGCCCUGCGGGGCAAAAGAACUAGACAUGGUGUGCAACCCUCCGCCCCCCCGCCCUCCUAAGCCAAGCCAUCUCUCUGAACAGUGCCCACAGGAACAGCUCUCAUGGAGUGAGCACAGUGGCAGCAAGAGGCCAGAAUGCACCCUGGCGCCCAGGAGAAUUUCUCUGUCUGGUUUAGACCACAUUAGGGCCUGGAAAGCUGAUGUAGAAAGCCGAUCCUUAAGACACCGAGACAAGCGGCUUAGUUUAAAUCUGCCUUGCAGGUGCUCCCUGAUGUACCCCACAGCUGUAAGCAGUGCUGAAGACAGCUACAUACCCAUGAGCCCCCGGGCCACAGCCUCUGGUCUUGCCCCCCACUGCAGCCAGGAUGAUUACAUCCCAAUGAGCUCAGGAGGCAUCUCCAGCCCACUGCCUGAACUACCUGCAGACUUGGAACCUCCCCCAGUGAAUCGAGAUCUCAAGCCUCAAAGGAAACCACGGCCCCCUCCUCUGGACCUGAGGAACCUCUCCAUCAUCCAGGAGCACACAUCUCUAACCAGGACCUGCACUGUGCCUUGCAAUCGAACCAGCUUUCUCUCUCCAGAAAGAAAUGGUAUUAAUUCUGCAAGAUUUUUUGCCACUCCUAUUUCCAGAGAAGAGGAGGAAAGCUACAUUCAAAUGGAGGAGUACCAGACAGCCAACUCCCUGAGCGGUGGCGCUCUUCCGUGGACAAAGAAAUUCAGCCUGGAUUAUUUGGCCCUAGACUUCAAUUCACCGUCACCAGCCCCCAUACAGCAGAAAGUUAUCCUUUCAGAAGAGCAAAGAGUAGACUAUGUCCAAGUGGAUGAGCAGAAGACCCAGGCUCUGCAGAGCACCAAGCAGGAGUGGACAGAUGAGAGGCAAUCCAAAGUGUGAGAGUGCAGGAUGGAGGAGAAAGCUCUCAAACCUUCAAGUCAGGAAGGUCACUGACCCAGGAACACUGGGAGCUAAGCUUUGCUUGGAAAGGGAGGAGCCCUCAGGCCCAGCACACAAGCUAGCUAUGAAGGCAGAAUGCAGUCCCCUUGGAGUCAUUGUACGGGCUACUUUAUCCUGGAGCACAGACCGGCUGCGUCAUUGCAACUAAGUCCAGGCUGAGGGCUUCUGUCAGGACUGCCUUUCUCCUCUUAAUGAUUUCCUCAACCUCCAUUUAUAUAAUCUCUGUACUCACUGUCACACUGAUUUUUCACAUUCACUUUUCUUUCAUUGUUUCAUUUUUGGCAUUAAUAAAAGUCUUAUAAGAAGGAA